UUUGCCGGAACUCCUGGCUAUUUAUCACCCGAAGUACUUAAGAAGGACCCGUACGGCAAACCUGUUGAUAUCUGGGCCUGUGGGGUAAUACUGUACAUAUUAUUAGUUGGUUACCCACCGUUUUGGGAUGAGGAUCAGCACAGACUUUAUGCACAAAUAAAGGCCGGAGCUUAUGAUUAUCCGUCUCCAGAAUGGGAUACAGUGACACCGGAAGCCAAGAACCUAAUCAACUCAAUGCUGACCGUGAAUCCGGCCAAACGGAUAACAGCGGCCGAAGCCCUGAAGCACCCGUGGAUUUGCCAACGGGAAAGAGUCGCCUCAACUCUGCACAGACAGGAGACGGUCGACUGCCUUAAGAAAUUCAAGCGGUCUGCUUUCGACUUCCCGCGAUAUGACUGGUGCUUGCUUCAGGGUCAGGAUUGGGUGGGCGGCCACGGCUACGGCCGCGGCGGUCCGCCGCCGCCGCUGCCCAACACUCUGAUACCUAAGUCGGCGUUUUAUUUAUAUCCGUCUCCAGAAUGGGAUACAGUGACACCGGAAGCCAAGAACCUAAUCAACUCAAUGCUGACCGUGAAUCCGGCCAAACGGAUAACAGCGGCCGAAGCCCUGAAGCACCCGUGGAUUUGCCAACGGGAAAGAGUCGCCUCAACUCUGCACAGACAGGAGACGGUCGACUGCCUUAAGAAAUUCAACGCCAGACGAAAGCUGAAGGGCGCUAUACUGACCACAAUGCUGGCCACUCGCAACUUUUCUAGUAAGUCCUCAUCCGAACGAAGUCCCAGUCCUAACCCACCCGCCGGUGCCGAUGCCGGCGCCGCCGCCGCCGCUGCCCAACACUCUGAUACAUAA